UUUAAAUAACCUGGGCGCACGAGCUGCGCCGCUACAACGUUUUCGAGAAUGACCGACGGCGGAGACGAGCUUCGCCGAGGAUCGCGAAUCCCCGAGCGAGGCAGACCAAAUCCGUCUAAUCGCAACCGGUCGUGCCGACACGGUCCGUCCGGCCACGUAGCUCGCGUCGUCUUUGUAAUAAGAAUGACACCUGACAAGCAGAAAGAAACGGGCCUAAAGUUAAAAGACACGAGACGCCCCCUGCAUAGUCCAGUAGCGGCCGCCCUUGUUCAUCUUGCUUCGUCGCCUGGUAUUCUUUCGGUGCAUGUUUCGUGUCGCGAUGGAGGGAGGGAAGGCGAGCCCGUCAGAUUCAAGCAGCUUUGAAGCAAUAAAAGCUCCAAAUAUUGUUGACUUGAGCAAGAAAAGGAAGAUUUUAUCUGAGCAUUUUGAUUUGCCUUUACCAAAGCACAAGUGCUUGGAUGGAGGCUUUGAUCCAGUUCUGCUCUUUGGGUAUGAUGGAAACCCAGAUAUUGAGGACUUGCCUGCAUCCAAAAUCAAGAGGCCGAUUGAGGGAUGUUGCAGUUGCAAUGAAUUACAACCUGAAUCAGCAAAAGACAGCAACUGCUUUGCUGAAGAUUCCGACAUUGCUAUGUCUGCUUAUGGCGGGUGUAAUUUAGGCCCAGAUGUUGCUGUGAUAACCAGUGGAGCUUCCACUUCUUCUGUCAAAUGGGCCUGGAACAGUUCACAAGACAUGCCUCAUUCCUCUGGUGCUGAAAAGGCUGUAACAAGAGUUGAUAACAACGAUGGAGUUGGGAAGCAUGAUCCUCCCGAUCAAGACAAUGACUUUCAAAUGUUACUUGAAGAGCAGCUUUUAGAAUUUGGAUGCCAUGGGGGAUACACAUGUGAAUAUGCAAAUGACUGCCUGGAGACAUGUGCAACUAAAGAAGUGGAAGACAGUAUUUACUCCAAUGCUUCAAAUCCAGAUAAUUUUGUCCUUUCAUCAGGAAGAUGGAGUACUAACCAUGACCUGGAUUUCUUGGAUCUGGGAUUGUUUGGUUUUCAUUUAAAUAGAGGCAUAGCUUGCAGACACUUAAGAUUGCAUCAGGAGGCGAAUAUUUAAGCAUUUAUAGAUAAACGUAGGCGUCUAACAGAUACUCUCCUCGGGACUAGAAAACCAACGAUUGAUCAAGAAUUUGAAGAUUACUUCUCCACGCUCAUGAUGUAGAGAAUCUUUGAACUUGUAAAUAUGCAGAACUGAUUGAUUGACUUGGUUGAUUGAAGAGACGAUGCUCCUCAUAUACAAUUUCAUUUGCUUGUGCCCUUUUGCUAUUUAUAUUCCGUGAUUAGGUGCAUGUUCUGCAUUCUUCUGUUUCCUCGCAUCUUGCUGGGCUUUUAUUGUUUGCCUUUCCAUGUUAGGCAUACAUCUUCUUUCUGUGAAUUCAAAAUAUCACAACAUAAAUAAGCGGUGA